AUGUCAUCGAGUAUUAGUUCUAAGCAACCUAUUCCAAUAAUCAAAUGGUUCUAUGCAGUAGAUAUACCUAAUUCUAGACCAUCUUAUUAUAAUUAUGUGAAAACAAAAGAACCUCAAAAAUUUAUUCCAUUUUCAGAUUAUGAUUCAUUAAAUCUUGAAAAGACAUAUCAAGAUUCCCCUAAUUCCAAUUACAAUUCCAAAUUAGAAAUUAAUGAAGAUAAAUUAUUUGAAGCAGAUUUAUCAAGUAUGGAAAUUUAUCCUAUCUAUUGGGAUGGACCUAGAUAUGAAAUAAGAAGAGGAUUAUGGUUUACUCAAGAUGGAAGUCCAUUACCAACUAAUGUAGCACUUGAAAUUGAUCAAGGAUAUAAUGAAAUUAAACCUUAUUUGUUUGAUAAACCUGCACCAACAGAUAAAGUAACAAGUGAAGAAUUGGAAGUAGAGAUUGCAAAACAGAAUGAUAAAGUUGAUGUCAAACAGCAGAAUGAUUUAUAUGAAUUGAAAGAUGGACGAUUUGUAUUGUAUUUUAAUGAAAGAGAUGCAUUUAUUAUUCCUCAUUCAUACCGGGGAAAAUUUCAACUAGAUAUUGUUAGGAAAUUUGGAUCGAAUUCAUAUCUUGGUAUCAUUAGAAUCUAUAGAGGUUAUGAGAACAAUAAAUCAAAAGAUGAAGCAGGAAAUGAGACCGAUAUGAAAAAGAUUGAAGAACAACAAAAGGAAAAUACAAAGGACAAGAAUAAAACAGACGAGAGUCUUGAUACUAAUGAGAUUGGUGAUAAUAUGGAACAUGAUUUUGAUUUAGAUACAUCUCGGGAAGAAGCCAAUAGAGAGAUCGAACAUUUGGUAUUCUGUGUUCAUGGGAUUGGACAAAUCAUGGGGAAUAAGAGUGAUACCUAUACAUUCUCUCAUAGUGUUAAUUUAUUAAGGAAAACAAUCAAAAAGGUAUUUAAUAAUAAUCCGAAUUAUCAGAAAUUAGCGGGUAAUACUAGCAAUAAUAAAUCAAACACAAAAAUUCAGGUGUUGCCUAUCUCUUGGAGACACAUGGUUUCAUUUAAUCCAACAAGACCUAGAACGGAUGGAUCUGAUAAUAGACUCCCAACAUUAUCACAACUUAAUGUUGAUGGUAUCACGUAUGUUAGGGAAAUACUAGGUGAUGUUGGUUGUGAUAUCUUGUUAUACUACGAAAAGGAAUAUUUAGUACAAAUGUUAACUGCAGUAACAUCUGAAUUGAAUCGAGUAUAUAAUUUGUACAAAGAAAGAAAUCCUCAUUUCAAAGGUAAAGUUCACAUCUUGGGUCAUUCGUUAGGAUCAGCUAUUUCUUUCGAUAUUUUAUCAGGACAAAGUUCAACUAUUGAAGAAGGUGAAAUUGGAUUUGACCAACAAUUAUCUUUUGAAGUUGACAAGUUAUUUCUUGUUGGGUCACCCGUUGGUAUUUUCAAGCUCAUUGAACGUAAGAAUAUAGUUGGACAUCCACUUGUCCACUCAACUACUCAACCUGCCAAUGAAUUUGUAUCUCCUAGAUGCAAUAAUGUGUAUAACCUAUAUCAUCCAUGUGAUCCAAUAGCAUAUAGAAUUGAACCUUUAGUUAAUCCUAAAUUUGGUGAUUUCAAAGCAGCUUAUGUUCCAUUUGAAAGUAAAGUUGGACUCAAUGGUCGAUUUGAGAUGGUUUCUAAGUUUACAAAUAUGAUUUCUACAAAGUUGUGGGAAACUUCAAAACAUGUAAAGAAAAAAAGUGCUGCUGAUGAAGAUGGUGAAAAUGAAGGAUCACCAAUUUUCAAAAAGAGAGACUUAACAGGAACUCAAUUGAAACAGUUGACAUCGUUGAAUUUGAAAGGAAGAUUGGAUUAUAGUCUACCUAUGGGGAUGUUUGAUAUCUCAUUGGUUUCAGCACUUGCGGCACAUAUUGGAUAUUUUGAGGAUGAAAAUACUGUUGGUUUUCUUAUCAGAGAAUUGUUAACCAAAAGAGAUAAAGCAGUUGAAUCAAAGGUCGUUUCUAUCUAUUAG